AGAGAGAGAAAUGUAUAUAGAUAUAGAGCGAGAAACAAGGCGCGCAAAGGUUGUCCGAAAACAAGAGAGAGAAUGCGCUGCAAAUGCAAAUCCUUCUUCCCUCAGGUCUAAGCUUUGUCUUCCUAGUCCCAUUUUCUUGGGCUAAUUCCAAAGGCACAACCUCAUCGGUAUAUUUUAUAUCAGGCAUAUUCGGGUCACAUUUUGAUUUUCACCCCAAUAUCAAUUCGGCCGAUGCUGAUCAGGAUAUUUUUCUGGAAUUUGCAAAAUUAGGUUGAUACAUGCACAUACGUAAAUUCACACGUAUAGGGAUAUUGGGGGCUCUUAAUCCCUAUUUCAAUCCUGUUUGUCGCGUUUGAUGUUUUUUUCUUAUCAUUUUCUGUUUAUUUACGUGAAUAAGUUUGGGAAAUGAGCUGCAAGAUCCUUCUGCGAAGGGUUCUGGAAGGGUCAGGAUUUUGGAUCUCAUCUCUGGUUAUGGGAACGGUGUAGUUUUGCUGUCGGAUGAGAGGGCCUUAGUGUUUUAGACGUUGUUGUGAUUUCUUGCAUUUACUUCGGAUUUCUGCAAAUAUAUGUACGGAAAGAUCGCGUUUGAAGAAAACGAUGAAAUGGGUAACAUUGUUUAAAGUCUUUAAGGACAAAGUUGGUCUUUCUCAAAUUCCAUCGUCGGCCUCAACGUCUCCAUCGCUGCCGUUCGAAGAAAGCAGCAGCAAUUCCAACAAUGCGUCGCCACCCCGCCAAGACUUUUCGUUAUUGCUUUCAAGGGAGAAGACUGAGUUGGAAUUGGAUUUCAAGAGGUGUUGGGAGGAGUUCGGUUCAUCUAGUACUGAGAAGGAGAAAGAAAAGGCCUUGCAUUGGACAGUGGAAUAUUUUUGUAGAUUAGGAAAGCAGCACUCAGAUGUUGCUCAAUUAAUUACCAUGUUAGUGGAGGCGCACAUAUUUUCUUUUGUGGUGGGAAGGGCAUUUGUAACCGAUAUAGACAAGCUGAAGCUUAGCAGUAAAACAAGAUCUUUGGAAGCUGAAAAAGUUCUGACAUUUUUCUCAGAGACCACUAAGGAUGGAAUAAGACCUGGUGCAAAUCUAUUACAGGCAGUGGAAAUCCUUGUUUCUGGGCUGGUUGACAAACAAUCGUUCCUCGAUUCUGGGAUCUUGUGCUGUCUCAUUCAUGUUCUAAAUGCUCUUCUUGCUCCUGAUGGGGGCAGUCAGAGACAACAGCUGAUCAAUAACGAGGAGCAGCUAUCAUCCAAUGAAAACCAUGAUGUUGAGACCAGACCUGUCCGCCGGCAUGAGGUUGAGGGCAGUGUUGUACAUAUUAUGAAAGCAUUGGCCGGUCAUCCAUCAGCUGCUCAAAGUUUGGUGGAUGAUAAUUCACUACAGUUACUGUUUCAAAUGGUUGCCAAUGGUUCUUCAGUGGUUUUCUCGCAAUACAAGGAGGGUCUUGUUCCUUUACACGCCAUUCAGCUUCACAGACAUGCUAUGCAGAUCCUUCGUCUUCUUUUGGUUAAUGAUAAUGGCAGCACAGCAAAGUAUAUACGAAAGCAUCAGCUGAUAAGAGUACUUCUAAUGGCUGUCAAGGAUUUCAAUCCUGAUUGUGGGGAUCCUGCCUAUACUGUGGGCAUUGUUGACUUGCUUCUUGAAAGUGUUGAAUUAUCUUAUAGACCAGAUGCUGGUGGUAUAAGACUCAGGGAGGAUAUUCAUAAUGCUCACGGGUACCAGUUCUUGGUCCAGUUUGCUUUGACUCUGUCGAAGAGUCAAGGUGGUCAGACUUUUUAUUCCAAGUCACUUUUAGAAAAUGAUUCUACUAAAGACAGUUCCCAUGCAGUUGAAGAGGCAGAGAAAAAGAGCUUAGGAGAGUAUGGAGGAAUCUAUUCACCACUCAGUCUGUUCCCUGCGCUUAGUAGACUUCUUGAUGUCAUUAUUUCUUUCGCCCAAACAGGUCCCUCAUGUGCUCCUGCAUCAUCUGGCCUAAAAUCUUCAAAAAGUUCUCACCCAAAGUCAAAUGCACAUGGCAGAAGUCGUAGCUCAUUUUCCGACCGAAUGGCUGAAGAAAUUUUGGAGAAGGACAACGAAAAAGUCAAAGAUUUAGAAGCUGUUCAAAUGUUAAUGGAUAUUCUAAUCAAAGCAGAAAGUACAGAGUUGCAGGCAGAAGUACUGAAUAGAUUGUUGAAGAUAUUCUCUAGUCAUCCUGAAAACUAUAAGUUAUGUCAGCAGCUGAGGACUGUACCUCUCUUAAUCCUUAAUAUGGCUGGUUUCCCUUCAUCUCUGCAAGAGAUAAUCUUGAAAAUUCUUGAAUAUGCGGUGUCUGUUGUGAAUAUCAUCCCUGAACAAGAGUUGCUUUCACUUUGUUGCUUACUACCACAAUCAAUAACCUCUGGAUUAAAGCAUACGAUUCUUUCCUUUUUCUUAAAGCUCUUAUCAUUUGACCAAGAGUACAAGAAAAUCCUCAGAGAAGUCGGUGUGCUGGAGCUUCUGUUGGAAGAUCUGAAGCAGCACACAUUUUUGCAUGAGCCUGAGCAACUUACUAGUGAUCAUGGUCAGUUAGAGAUAAAAACUAGCUCAAGCAGUUUCAAGAGGCACUUUCUCUGUAAGGAUUCAAUCCUUUCAUCUCCGACACUCUUAGAACCUGCUUGUGGGAAAUUCCUUAUUUUUGAAGUAGAGGAUACAGCUGCAGUUGCUUGGGAUUGUUUGCUCUCCUUAUUAAAGAAAUCAGAUGCAAAUCAGGCAGCAUUUCGUUCUUUUAAUGGUGUGAUCAUCUUACUUCCUUUUUUGGCGUCGGAUGUGCAUCGCCCGGGCGUCCUUCGGGUGUUGUCUUGCUUGAUUAUUGAGGAUGUCAAACAGGCUCAUCCGGAAGAAUUGGGCGCUUUGGUUGAAGUGUUAAAAAAUGGGAUGGUUACAAGUGCUUUGGGAUCUCAAUACAUACUUCAACAUGAUGCAGAAUGUGACACCUUUGGAGCUGUAUGGCGCAUAUUAAGAGUUAAUGACUCGGCUCAGAGAGUUUUUGGUGAAGCAACUGGGUUUUCUCUUUUACUAACUAUGCUUCAGUCUUUUCAGAGUGAUGAUGGAGAUCCGAAAAAGCAACCUUCUAUAACUGUAUGCAUCAAUGUGUUUACAUAUAUGUUGCGCGUGAUGACAGCAGGGGUUUUUGAUAAUGCUGUCAAUCGGUCAAAGUUGCAGACAAUCCUAUCUUCACAUACUUUUUAUGAUCUUCUCUCUGAGUCAAGGUUAAUUUGUGUGGAAUAUGAAUGCCAAGUCAUACAAUUGUUGCUGGAACUAGCUCUAGAGGUAGUGACUCCACCAUUUACAAUGUCAGAACAUGAAAAUGAAUCAGCUGGUUUUCUUUUGAUUACAUUGUCGGGUUCUUUCGUAACUUACAAGAAACGGGUAUAUAAUGCUGCUGCGGUCAGAGUGCUCUUACGUAGUUUACUGUUGUUUACUCCAAACGUGCAAUUAGAAUUGCUGAACUUUAUCGAAAAGCUUGCUUGUGCUAAUUCCUUAAAUAAGGAAAACCUCACAUCUAUAGGCUGUGUGGAACUUCUUUUGGAGAUUAUACAUCCCCUUAUGUCGAGCUCAUCAUCAUUAGUUUCUCAUGCCUUGAAGAUUGUGGAAGUUCUUGGUGCCUAUAGAUUAUCAGUAUCAGAACUUCGAAGUCUUGUCAGGUAUAUUAUGCACAUGAGGCUAGCGAACUCUGCUCGUUGUGUUGUUCAAAUGAUGGAAAGGUUGAUUGUUUCAGAGGAUACGGGCUCAGGAGAUGUUUCUCUUGCACCUUUUGUCGAGUUGGACAUGAGCAAGUUAGGACAUGCUUCCAUUCAAGUGCCAUUAGGGCAAAGGUCAUGGCCUCCUGCUGCUGGUUAUUCUUUUGUUUGUUGGUUUCAGUACCAAAAUCUUUUAAAACCACAGGCAAGAGAGACUGAAGCUCCUAAAGCUGGAUCUCCAAAGAGGCAUAGCCUGAUAAGUGGACAACUAGGAUCUCAGGUCCUUCGGAUAUUCUCUGUUGGGAGUGUGGAUAAUGAAAGUACCUUUUAUACGGAGCUUUGUCUGCAUGAUGACGGGGUUCUUACACUUGCAACAAGCAAUUCUUCUUCCUUGACAUUUGCUGGAUUAGAAAUGGAGGAAGGUAGGUGGCAUCACCUUGCAGUUGUGCAUAGCAAACCAAAUGCUUUGGCUGGGCUCUUUCAAGCAAGUUUUGCUUAUGUAUACCUUAACGGAAAGCUAAGGCACACCGGGAAACUUGGAUACUCUCCCUCUCCUGCAGGGAAGUCUGUGCAGGUAACAAUUGGGACGCCAGUUGCUUGUGCAAGGGUUAGUGAUUUGUCAUGGAAGCUCAGAUCUUGCUUUCUUUUUGAAGAGGUGCUCCCACCAGGUUCUAUUUGUUUUAUGUACAUUCUUGGAAGAGGUUAUAGAGGGCUUUUCCAGGACACAAAUCUAUUGCAAUUUGUUUCUAAUCAGGCAUGUGGUGGGGGCAGCAUGGCUAUUUUGGAUUCUUUAGACAUCGACUUGCCUUCGCCCUCUAACACGCAAAAGCCUGACACUGCUGGUAAGCAAGGGAUCUUUAAGGUGGAUGGAAGUGGAUUUGUAUGGGAUUCCUAUAAAUUAGGAAAUCUCUCACUACAAUUGUGGGGUAAGAAACUGAUACUUGCAUUAGAUGGAACGAGCACGGACACAAUCCGAGCAUCUGGAACUGUAUCCAUGCUCAAUCUAGUUGAUCCACUAUCAGCUACUGCUUCUUCUAUUUGGGGUAUACCACGAUUUGGUCGUCUUCUUGGAGAUAUCUACAUCUGUAAGCAGUGUGUGAUCAGUGAUAUGAUCCGCCCCAUGGGUGGCAUGGCUGUUGUCCUUGCUCUUAUUGAAGCUGCUGAAACGAGGGACAUGCUCCACAUGUCCUUGACAUUGCUUGCAUGUGCACUCCACCAGAAUCCACAGAACGUGAGAGACAUGCAGAAGUACAGAGGAUACCACUUGCUAGCUCUUUUCCUUCACCGCAGAAUGUCCUUGUUUGACAUGCAAUCACUUGAGAUUUUUUUCCAAAUAGCUGCUUGUGAGGCUACUUUCUCUGAACCAAGAAAAAUUGGAAGCAUGAAGAGCACUCUGUCACCUACCACCAUUAAUGAGGCCAGCUUUGACGAUCUCAAUUUAUCAAAGUUACCUGAUGAAUUUUCAUCAGUUGGGUCUCAAGGGGAUAUUGAUGAUUUUUCUGCAACAAAAGAUUCAUUUAGUCAUAUUUCAGAGCUGGAAACUGCUGAUAUGCCAACAGAGACAUCUAAUUGCAUCGUUUUGUCAAACGCUCAUAUGGUGGAGCAUGUGUUGUUGGAUUGGACCCUCUGGGUGACAGCUCCUGUCCCAGUUCAAAUUUCUUUACUUGGAUUUCUUGAGCAUCUGGUCUCCAUGCAUUGGUAUCGCAAUCAUAACCUUACAAUUCUCCGUAAAAUUAACCUUGUUCAGCAUUUACUCGUAACUCUGCAGAGGGGUGAUGUUGAAGUGCCAGUGUUGGAAAAAGUAGUCAUGUUAUUAGGUGUCAUUUUGGAGGAUGGAUUCCUUCCUUCUGAAUUGGAGCUUCUUGUGCGGUUUGUGAUUAUGACAUUUGAUCCUCCUCAACCAACAUCACGUAAUCAUUUUACAAGAGAAUUGAUGGGGAAACAUGUUAUUGUGAGAAACAUGUUACUUGAGAUGCUAAUUGAUCUGCAGGUGACCAUUCCAUCAGAGGAGUUACUUGAGCAGUGGCUUAAAAUUGUUUCAUCAAAAUUAAUUACUUAUUUUCUUGAUGAAGCACUACAUCCUACCAGUAUGAGAUGGAUCAUGACUCUUGUAGGUGUGUGCCUUUCCUUUUCUCCUACAUUUGCACUAAAAUUUCGAUCAAGCGGAGGUUAUCAAGGUUUGGUAAGGGUACUUCCUAGUUUCUACGAUUCUCCUGAUAUAUAUUACAUUUUGUUCUGUCUGAUAUUUGGGAAGCCUGUAUAUCCAAGAUUACCAGAAGUUCGCAUGCUUGAUUUUCAUGCGCUUAUGCCAAGUGAUGGUCGCUGCGGAGAGUUAAAAUUUGUUGAACUGUUGGACUCGGUUAUUGCAAUGGCGAAAUCCACUUUUGAUAGGUUAUGCACACACUUAAUGAUUGCACAUCAAACUGGCAAUAUUUCUCAGGUUGGUGCAAGCAUUAUGGCUGACCUUGUAGAUGGACAUGUAGACAUGGGAGAGCUUCAAGGUGAAGCUUUGAUGCACAAAACCUAUGCUGCUCGCUUGAUGGGUGGGGAGGCAUCAGCCCCAGCAGCCGCUACUUCAGUUCUCAGAUUCAUGGUUGAUCUUGCAAAAACGUGUCCUCCUUUUUCUGCUGUAUGCAGACGGGCUGAGUUUCUUGAAAGCUGUAUUGACCUCUAUUUUUCCUGUGUCAGGGCUGCUCAUGCUGUGAGGAUGACGAAAGAACUAACUGUGAAAACGGAGGAAAAGAUUUUGAAUGAUGCUGAUGAUACCAGUAGCUCGCAGAAUACUUUCUCUAGCUUCCCUCAAGAACAUGAGCAGUCAGCAAAGUCCUCCGUCAGUGUAGGGAGCUUUGUGCAGGGGCAUGUAAGUGCUAGUUCUGAAGAUAAUCCAAUUAUUACAGAUAACAUGGCCAGUGAGAAACCAGAGAUUGGUAAUUGCGUAAACCAGCAUGAAUUGGACCAACUAAUGAAGGAAAAUGUGCAGGCUGUGGCGAGUGUUGACAGCGAAGCAGUUGACCAGGUGUCCACUGCCACUUCUGGAAGUAAUGAUUUCAAUUUCCGGGAUACAAGAAGUACAUUAGAUUAUUUUCAGAAGAGUGCUUCCCAUAGUUCAUUGUCUUUCACUAUGUCUGAAUCUCCUGUAUUGACCGAGAGAUCUAGUUCCAGGAUUCAGCGCACUCCAUCUUCAUCUCCAGUUUUAGCAUUGACAUCUUGGCUUGGGGGUCCCACUCGCAGUGAUUCAAAAGCACAGUCCUCUUCAACACCAUCUGUGGACUCCUUUGUGUCUGUUCAAGACAUUGAUUCCCCUUCAGAGUUUAAGCCUGCAACUCAAUCUCAGUAUGCAUCAAACACAUUGUUCACAAUCAGUCCGAGUUUGAUUCUUGAAGUAGAUGGUUCUGGCUACGGAGGAGGUCCAUGUUCUGCUGGUGCUACUGCAGUUCUAGAUUUUCUGGCUGAAGUUCUUUCUGAUUUUGUGACGGAGCAGAUAAAAGCUGCAUCAGUUCUUGAGACUGUUUUGGAAAGUGUACCUAUGCAUGCUGAUGCUGAAUCUGUUCUGGUUUUUCAAGGAUUAUGCCUUACUAGAUUGAUGAACUUCGUUGAAAGGCGUCUCUUACGUGAUGAUGAGGAAAAUGAGAAGAGGUUAGAAAAGAGCCGAUGGUCCUUAAACUUAGAUGCACUGUCCUGGAUGAUAGUGGAUCGCGUGUAUAUGGGAGCUUUUCCUCAGCCUGCUGGUGUAUUGAAGACUUUGGAAUUCUUAUUAUCGAUGUUGCAGUUGGCAAAUAAAGAUGGUAGGAUUGAAGAAACAAUUCCUGCAGGCAAAGGACUUCUUUCUCUUGGGAGAGGAAACAGACAACUUGAUACUUAUAUACAUGCACUUUUUAAGAAUACGAAUCGUAUCAUAUUAUUCUGUUUCCUCCCAUCAUUUUUGUCCACAAUAGGGGAAGAUGAUCUUCUUACACGCUUGUGCUUGCAGAAUGAACCAAAGAAGAAAUUGUCUCUUCACUCUUCACAAGAGGAUGGUGGGGUUGAGAUUCUCACAGUUUUACAGUUACUGGUUGCCAACAGGCGAAUAAUCUUUUGUCCCAGUAAUCGUGAUACUGAUCUAAAUUGCUGUCUUUGUGUAAAUUUGAUAUCUCUACUCUAUGACCAUAGGAAACAUGUGCAAAAUGCAGCAAUUGAUAUUCUCAAAUAUCUUUUGGUACAUCGUAGGGCUGCAGUUGAAGAGUUUUUGGUCUCUAAAGUAAACCAAGGGCCAUCAGUGGAUGUUCUACAUGGUGGUUUUGAUAAGCUUUUGACUGGAAACUUAUCGGGAUUUUUUGAAUGGCUUCAUAGUUCUGAGUCAAUAGUCAAUAAAGUGUUGGAAAAGGGUGCUGCAGUUAUGUGGGCACAAUAUAUUGCAGGGUCAACAAAGUUUCCUGGAGUGAGGAUAAAGGGUAUGGAUAGUCGUCGAAAGAGAGAAAUGGGGAGAAGAUCAAGGGACACCUCAAAAUUAGAACAAAGACAUUGGGAGCAAGUGAAUGAACGGAGAGGUGCACUUGAAUUGGUCCGUGAUGCUAUGGCUACUGAAUUACGUGUUAUCCGUCAGGAUAAGUAUGGAUGGGUGGUUCAUGCUGAAAGUGAGUGGCAAACUCAUCUCCAACAGCUUACACACGAGCGGGGAAUAUUUCCAAUUAAUAAAUCCUCCAUGAACGAGGAGGAGCUUGAGUGGCAGCUUUGCCCCAUUGAAGGUCCAUACAGGAUGCGUAAAAAGCUGGAGCGGUGUAGAACAAAGAUAGACACCAUCCAAAAUAUUCUGAAUGGGAAGUUCGAGAUAGGGGAAAGAGAAUUUGGGAACACUGAUAAUGAGCACCAUGCCUUUGAUGCUGAAUCAGAUUCGUUUCUCAAUCUUUCAACUCACAAACCAAAGAACGAAACUUUUCAUGCUGAACUGUAUAAUGAACCAUCUUUCAAAGAAUCAGAAGAUGCUCGGGAUGUAGCUUCUCCUGGGGUAGGAUGGAAUGAUGAUCGCGAGAGUAGUAUAAAUGAAGCAAGUAUGCAUUCGGCUGCUGAAUUUGGUGAGAGGUCAAGUGAUGCAUCCGCUCAAAGAGCAGAUACUAGUAGAGGCAAACCUGAUUUAGGAUCUUCAAAGUUAUCUUCUUCAGUAAAAAAUGAUGAAGUGAGGGUGGCUGAGGACAAAUCAGAUAAAGAGCUAAAUGAUAAUGGCGAGUAUCUGAUCAGACCUUAUCUGGAACCUCUUGAAAGGAUUAAGUGCAGGUACAAUUGUGAAAGAGUAGUGGGACUGGACAAACAUGAUGGUAUAUUUCUGAUUGGGGAGUUGUCACUGUAUAUCAUUGAGAAUUUUUACAUUGAUGAAUCUGGGUGCAUAUGCGAAAAAGAGAGUGAAGAUGAACUCUCCAUCAUUGAUCAGGCUUUGGGUGUAAAGAAAGAUUUUUCUUGUAAUAUGGACUCCGAUUCCAAGUCAAUUUCAUCAUGGGGUGCUACAGUAAAGGCAUACUCAGGGGGUAGGGCAUGGGCAUAUAAUGGGGGUGCCUGGGGUAAGGAAAAAGUCUGCACUGCUGGUAAUGCGCCUCAUCCUUGGCGUAAUUGGAAGCUUGAUAGUGUCCAUGAGCUUCUGAAGCGUGAUUAUCAGCUCCGCCCUGUUGCUAUUGAGAUUUUUAGCAUGGAUGGGUGCAAUGACCUACUGGUUUUCCACAAAAAAGAGAGAGAAGAAGUUUUCAAGAAUCUGGUGGCCAUGAAUCUACCCAGAAACAGCAUUCUAGAUGCAACAAUAACGGGGUCAACAAAACAAGAAAGCAAUGAAGGCCGUCUCUUUAAAGUUGCAGCAAACUCCUUUUCCAAAAGGUGGCAAAAUGGAGAAAUUAGCAAUUUUCAGUAUAUCAUGCACCUCAAUACUCUGGCAGGUCGUGGGUACAGUGAUCUGACGCAGUAUCCCGUGUUUCCUUGGGUCCUGGCAGAUUACGAGAGUGAGAAUCUGGACCUAUUAGAUCCAAAAACAUUCCGUAAUUUUGAGAAGCCAAUGGGUUGUCAAACAUCAGACCGGGAGGAGGAGUUCAGGAAGAGAUACGAGAGCUGGGAUGAUCCAGAAAUCCCCAAAUUUCAUUAUGGUUCUCAUUAUUCUAGUGCUGGGAUUGUUCUCUUUUAUCUAUUACGCCUGCCUCCAUUUAGUGUCGAGAAUCAAAAGCUGCAAGGUGGACAAUUUGACCAUGCUGAUCGUCUUUUCAACAGUGUUCGAGAAACCUGGUGGAGCGCUGCUGGGAAAGGGAAUACAUCAGAUGUGAAGGAACUAAUUCCAGAAUUCUUUUAUAUGCCGGAAUUCCUGGAAAACAAGUUCAAUCUUGACUUCGGUGAGAAACAAUCGGGAGAGAAGGUUGGUGAUGUUUUCUUGCCUCCAUGGGCCAAGGGCAGUGCUAGAGAGUUCAUCAGGAAGCACAGGGAAGCUUUGGAGUCAGAUUAUGUUUCAGAGCAUCUGCAUCAUUGGAUAGACCUCAUCUUUGGAUAUAAACAGAGAGGAAAGGCAGCUGAGGAGGCUGUUAAUGUAUUUUACUACUAUACCUAUGAAGGCAGUGUUGACAUUGACUCUGUUGCAGAUCCUAUUAUGAAAGCAUCUGUUUUAGCACAAAUUAAUCAUUUUGGACAAACACCAAAACAACUGUUCAUGAAGCCUCAUGCUAAAAGACGAACUGAUAGAAAGGUUCCUCCUCAUCCACUCAAGCAUGCUAUGCUUCUUGUACCUCAUGAGAUUCGCAAGAGCUCAUCUUCUAUAUCUCAAAUUGUAACUGUCACUGACAAGGUUCUUAUUGCUGGCACAAAUAUCUUGCUAAAACCAAGAACAUUUACCAAAUGUGUCGCGUGGGGUUUUCCUGACCGGAGCUUACGUUUUAUGAGUUACAAUCAUGAUAGGCUUCUUUCUACUCAUGAAGAUCUUCAUCAUGGCAACCAAAUCCAAUGUGUCAGUGCGAGUCAUGAUGGCCAACUUUUGGUUACUGGGGCAGAUGACGGCUUACUUUGUGCUUGGAGAAUUGGACAAAGUGGACCCUUUGCUCUUCGACACUUGCAGUUGGAGAAGGCUCUUUGUGGCCAUACUGGUAAAAUCACGUGUCUGCGCGUUAGCCAGCCCUAUAUGAUGAUUGUGAGUGGAUCUGAUGACUGUACAGUAAUAAUAUGGGAUCUUAGCUCUUUGGUCUUCAUUAGGCAGCUUCCCGAGUUCCCUUCACCAGUUUCAGCAAUAUAUGUGAAUGAAUUGAACGGUGAAAUCGUGACUGCAGCUGGUGUUCUGCUUGCUAUUUGGAGCAUUAACGGUGACUGCCUAGCUGUGAACAACGCAACACAGCUUCCUUCUGAUUUCAUUCUCUCACUCACGGGUUCUACCUUCUCAGACUGGCUGGAAACAAACUGGUAUGUAUCGGGUCACCAAAGUGGUGAUAUCAAAGUGUGGAAAAUGGUUCACUCUUCCAGUGAGGAGUCUGCCCAAAUCAAAGAAACCGUGAAUCCAACAGGAGGUCUAGGACUUGGAGGGAAAGUUCCCGAGUACAGAUUGAUCCUACAUAAGGUAUUGAAGUUCCACAAAUUUCCUGUUACUGCCCUAAGGCUCUCAAAUGACCUAAAACAGUUGUUAAGUGGGGAUUCGGAUGGCCACCUGGUUUCAUGGACAUUAAGAGACGAGAGCUUGAGAGCUUCCAUGAAGCAUAGAUGAGUGAAGGAGGUUGUACAGUUUGUUUGAUACUUGGUUAUCCCAGCUAUUCGUUCUCUGUGGAAGACUCUCCCAAUGACUUUACAUGCAGUCUUUUGAGGGCAAAGUAACUAUACGAUGGAACUGCACUGCUGUGCUGGUGAGGACAAGAACAAAAGAGCGCUAACAUGGGAAUGCAGCAACUUUCUUGUGCCAGACUCUUGAAGCAAGAUCUCCCCCUUUGCAAGCGCCUCGCAGCUUCAGAACUAGAACUGGGGGCGUAGAUGCCGUCAAAUUUGGUGGUUGUGAGAAGAGAUAUUGGCUUCUUUGGAAGAUGUAUGUUGUAUAUAGUAACGGUUCAUGACAUUGUACAGUGAAGUUGUAUAGAAAAUGGAAAGUUAACCGGCUAACUUGAAAGUAUAGGAGAAAGAUGAGAGGUUGGCUUUAGUUUACUCGACAAAGUAGAUGCGUAGCUGAUCCAUCUUUGUUGUGAAAUUGUAGAGAGAUACUUACAUUUUGAUGUAUAUUUUACAUGUAUCUGAAAUUCUAAUGUUAUCAUGGCAAAAAAUGAUCAAGCUGUUCUGUACAGUAACUUUACGAUAUGACAGAUUUAUCCCCUUUA